AUGCCUCCUCGUAUUAACGGGAAGGGCGUCCAGGUUGAAGACACCAAAAUAUGCGUGGUUAUGGUCGGCUUGCCCGCCCGAGGCAAGAGCUUCGUGGCCCAGAAAGCUCAGAGAUAUCUGCAAUGGCUUUCAAUCCCGGCGCAGACGUUCAACGUCGGCAAUUAUAGGCGAAAUGAUGCGCCUCAUCCAAAAGCAGACUUUUUCGACACGAGCAACCGUGAGGGCGAAAAGAUGCGACGGGCCGCCGCGACUGCGGCUGUUGCGGACAUGCUCGCAUGGUUCCGUCAAGGUGGUGUAAUUGGGAUUUUUGACGCAACGAAUUCCACAAAAGAGCGCCGACGAUGGGUACUAGAAAUGUGCACUAAGGAAGGAAUCGAGGUUCUCUUCGUGGAGAGCAAGUGCGACGACGAGGAUCUCAUCAUGGCCAACAUUCGGGACGUGAAAACAACAAGUCCCGACUACAAGGGCCAGGACCCCGAGGCCGCCGCGCAAGACUUUCGAAACCGCAUCCGGAUGUACGAAAAGGCGUACAAAUCUAUAGACCAGGACGGAGAUGAGAACGACCUCACCUACCUCAAGAUCAUGAAUGUCGGCAAGCAGGUCAUCAUCAAUCGCAUCCAGGACUACCUACAGAGUCGGGUCGUAUAUUACCUGAUGAACUUGCACAUCCGACCUCGGUCUGUCUGGCUUUCAGGGAUCGGCGGAGAUGCGAGCUUGUCGCUAAGGGGCGAGCAAUACGCUCGCAAGUUACCGGACCUGGUGCACGAGUCCGUGGGUGGAGAUCGGCCCCUGACGGUAUGGACCUCAACCCUCAAGCGAACCAUCGCGACUGCUCGUUUCCUCCCGGCCAAUUACAACCAGCUCCAAUGGAAGGCCCUAGACGAAUUGGACGCGGGGGUUUGCGACGGCCUUACCUACCAGCAGAUCAAGGAUCAGCACCCGGAAGACUUUGCGGCUCGAGAUGAAGACAAGUACAAUUAUCGAUACCGCGGCGGUGAAUCGUAUCGCGAUGUUGUCAUUCGCCUCGAACCCAUCAUUAUGGAGUUGGAAAGAUCGGAGGAUAUCCUAAUUAUCACCCACCAAGCCGUCUUGAGGUGCAUCUACGCCUACUUUAUGAAGAAGGAUCAAGAAAAGAGCCCUUGGAUGAAUGUGCCGCUUCAUACACUGAUUAAGCUGACGCCCAGAGCCUACGGCACAGAAGAGAUCAGAUAUCCGGCGCAUAUCCCCGCGGUCAGCACCUGGAGGGGUAAAGGGAGCACCGCCAAGCACGAAGACCCACUCCCCGAGUCCAUGUAA